CCCAACAGCUGGUCGUGGUCAACCUCCUCCUUUGAGUGAUUGUCAGGGUCACGAGGAAAAAAAGACAAAAGUACAGUGAUGGAUCCGCUGGUUGCUGCAAUUGACCAGGGCACGAGCUCCACGAGGUUUCUGGUGUUCAAUGCAAAAACAGCUGAGCUGAUUAGUCACCACCAAGUGGAGAUCAACCAGAGUUUCCCCAAGGAGGGCUGGGUGGAGGAGGACCCCAGAGAGAUAAUGCAGUCGGUGUACGAGUGCCUGGAGAGGACUUGUGAGAAACUCUGCCAGCUCAAUGUCGACGUCGCCAACAUAAAAGCGGUGGGGGUGACCAAUCAGAGAGAGACAACCCUGGUUUGGGACAAAGAGACCGGAGAGCCACUCUACAACGCCAUUGUUUGGCUGGACCUGCGCACACAGUCCACAGUGGAGAGUCUCAUCAACAAAGCACCGGGCCAGAACAAGAACCACCUCAAGCACAAGACGGGCCUCCCCAUCAGCACCUACUUCAGUGCAGUGAAGCUACGCUGGCUGCUGGACAACGUGGAUGAGGUGCGACAGGCAGUGCGGAGUGGGCGGGCCAUGUUCGGCACGGUGGACUCCUGGAUCAUCUGGUGCCUGACGGGGGGCAAGGACGGGGGGGUCCACUGCACAGACGUGUCCAACGCGAGUCGCACAAUGCUCUUCAACAUUCACAGCUUGGACUGGGAUCCCGAGCUCUGCAGGUACUUUGACGUCCCGAUGGAAAUCCUCCCCGAAGUCAGAAGCUCCUCUGAAAUAUACGGCUGGAUGAAAUCCAGCUUUCUUGCAGGAGUUCCCAUCUCUGGGUGUCUCGGCGACCAGUCAGCUGCUCUGGUUGGUCAGAUGUGCUUCCAGGAAGGCCAGGCCAAAAACACGUAUGGGACCGGCUGCUUCCUGCUCAGAAAUACAGGGACCAAGCCUCUGGUGUCAGACCACGGCCUGCUGACAACAGUCGCCUACAAGCUGGGGAAAGACGAGCCGGCCUGCUAUGCUCUCGAGGGUUCCGUGGCCAUCGCCGGAGCGGUGGUGCGGUGGCUGAAGGACAACCUGGGCAUCGUGCAGUCUUCCUCAGACAUCGAGAAGCUAGCAGCUGCAGCCGGCACGUCUUCCGGCUGUUACUUUGUGCCGGCCUUCUCCGGCCUCUAUGCCCCGUACUGGGAGCCCAGUGCAAGAGGCAUCAUCUGUGGGCUCACUCAGUUCACCAACAGGAACCACUUGGCCUUUGCUGCCCUCGAGGCCGUCUGCUUUCAGACCAGAGAAGUCCUUGAUGCGAUGAACCAGGACAGCGGCGUCCCUCUGACGCAGCUGCAGGUGGAUGGAGGCAUGACCUCCAACAGGUUACUGAUGCAGCUGCAGGCCGACAUCCUCUGCAUCCCCGUAGUGCUACCCACCAUGUCGGAGACCACGGCUCUGGGUGUAGCCAUGGCGGCGGGGGCAGCAGAGGGGGUGGGCGUGUGGAGCUUGAGCCCCGGUCAUCUACCGCAUGUCACGUCUGAGAAGUACAAGCCUCAGAUCAACUCUGAAGAGAGCGAGUUCCGCUUUGCUCGUUGGAAGAAGGCCGUCCAGAGAUCCAUGAACUGGGAGACCACAGAGCCUUGCUGCAACUCCAACGGUGUAGGAAAGAUGAACGACGAGCCCUGGGGGGCUCCACCCCCUCCUCCCUCCGCCAGAGCAGCCCCCUAAGAUCCCCAGGUGUAACCGGUUCUACACCUUCAUGGGAACCUGCUGCGGAGCGAGACUGGAAGAGAAAGGGACUCGCAGGGCGGCCGUCAGGAGUUGUUCCCAGCGGCUCAUCUAGCAGCUCUGGAACCAUUUGAGCACAUUUCCUUAUAGAGAAACUGGAUUUGCCUUCUUCCACUUGAGCAGUAAAGAUUAGUGAGGCUGAAGUAUUGUACUACUGCACCUCAUCACUGGAACACAAGGGAGUACGCUGCAUUUGAAGUGUUGUACCUCUUUCUUAACUUUGGAAUGUAUGACAUUGUAUGGGACUAAUUCAGUUUGUAUAGAAGAGACUGCAUAACUUAUUGAUUAGUGUUUGUUCUAGUGGAGAUGAAAAUAAAUAAUUACAGUUGAAUGUAAUAAAUAACUUUUUUCACAAUGA